GCGUAUUCAGAAUAUGUCUAUGGAAUCAUAUCAACGGCACCAAUUGGUAUUUUUUGAAGCAUACUCCUGAUCAAAUUUUCUGUAGUCAAGCAUCUGAUUAUAUAUCUUUGGUAACAACACAGUUAAAUAAUGAUGAGGAUUUGAGGAAGGGAAUUAAAAUGGUCCUUG